AUGCCUACCCGGGCAGCAAAAAAGUCGGGGGCACAGGGGGGCGAGGAGUUGGAGGUCGGUAGCCAGAACCCGACAGAGCAGUCGGGGGCUAGUAGUACGAUUGCGACGGAGGAGGCGGGGGACGGAGGGAUUAGGACGGAGGAGAUGCGCUGCCGCUGCUCGUGGCAGCUAGCGCGCGCCGCCGUCUCGGCGCUGUUCGCCGCCUCUCUCCUCGCCUCCAUCACGGCCGCGUACGCCGCGGGGUUCCGCCUCGCCUCCUCCGAGCGCUGCCACCUCUCGUUCGGCCUCUACGGCGCCGCGCUGAUGCUGCACCUCGUAGCGCAGUCCGUGUGCGCCACGCUGGGGCACCGCGAGAUGAGGCACCUCGCCCGGGUGCCACCCGCGCAAAGGGGCAGCGUGGCCCUCUGCAUAGCGGCCUUCCAGGAGGACCCCUGCUACCUGCGCGAGUGCCUCCUGUCGGCACGCCGCAUCGCCUACCCGGACCUGCGCGUGCUCAUGGUGGUGGACGGAAGCGCCGACGAGGACCAGUACAUGGGGGACAUCUUCGGCGAGGUGAUGGGGGGCCCCGCCGACUCGCGGUGCCGCUGGGAGGGGAACUUCCACUCGGGGGCCCAGGACUCGGACGGGGAGUCCCGGGUGCGCGACGCCGUAAGGGCGCACCGCUACGCGUGCGUCAUGCAGCGAUGGGGAGGCAAGAGGGAGGCCAUGUACACGGCCUUCCGCGUGCUCGCAGAGUCCGUGGACUACAUACAGGUCUGCGACUCGGACACCGUGCUGGACUCCGCGUGCACCCACGAGCUCGUGAGGGUGCUGGAGGCGGACCCCUGCGUCGGCGGGGUCGGCGGGGACGUCCAGAUCCUCAACCGGUACGCGUCGCUGCUCGCCUUCCUGAGCAGCGUGCGCUACUGGGUGGCCUUCAACGUGGAGCGCGCCUGCCAGUCCUACUUCGGCUGCGUGCAGUGCAUCAGCGGCCCCCUGGGCCUCUACCGCAGCUCGCUCGUUCGUGAGAUCCUCGAGGCCUGGUACGGGCAGCGCUUCCUCGGCUCGCCGUGCAGCUUCGGCGACGACCGCCACCUCACGAACCGCGUGCUCGGCCUCGGCUUCUCCACCAAAUACACGGCGCGCGCGCGCUGCCUGACCGAGACCCCCGCGGGCUAUCUGCGCUGGCUCAACCAGCAGACGCGCUGGAGCAAGUCCUACUUCAGGGAGUGGCUCUACAGCGCCACGUGCUUCCACAAGCACCACCUGUGGAUGACUUACGAGGCGGUCGUCACGGGCUUCUUCCCCUUCUUCCUGGCCGCCACGGUGGUGCAGCUCUUCUACCGCGGCAGCGCAUGGGCCAUCCUUACCUUCCUGCUCAUCGUGCAGGUGGUGGCGCUGCUCAAGGCCGGCGUCGCGUGCGCCCUGCGCGGCCGCGUCGUCAUGAUCUUCAUGUCGCUCUACUCGCUCCUCUACAUGAGCAGCCUCCUGCCGGUCAAGAUUUGCGCCUUGGCCACCGUCAGCAGCGCCGGUUGGGGCACCUCGGGCAGGCGGACGAUGGUCACCAACCUCGCCGGGCUCGUGCCCGUGCUCGUCUGGGCCGCCGUGCUGGCCGGCGGCGUGGUUCGCACGGUGAACAAGGAGAUGGCCUCGCCUCCGGCCCCGUCGGAGCGGUCUUUGGUGUGGGCCGGCGCGGCGCUGUACGCGAGCUUCUGGGCCGUGCUCAUGGCCCUGUACCUGGGGCUCGUGGCCAGGUGGUGCUGUCGAGGGAGAUGGAGGCAGCACCUGUACGAAGUGCAACCGGACGUUUGAUUGGAUGGAAAUUAAUUCGAGAGAUAGAGGAGGUAAUAAGAUGACUGCCACGUGGCCUCAUUUGGCCGGAGCAGUCGGGGUUCCAGCAGUGGAUGGAGCAUGGCUGAUGAGAUGAUAAGAACUGCCAGAGGACCUGGUUGACCGGGACCAGUCCUGGUUGUUUUUCAGAGACGCUGCUCCGUUAACAUUUAAAAUCAUGGAGUGGUGGCACAGUUGUUCAGCACCCCACAGUGUGAACGACAUCGCAGGUGACCUGAGAGUGGCAUAUGAGAUCUGAUCCGGGCCUGGUACAACUCCUUUCACCAACUUGCAUUGACCAGCAUGGUGAAGUAUGGUCAAUCAACCCCCCAUGACCGACACGGCGUGACGCGGCCUGUGGGAGGAGGCCUUCAUCCAGCAGUGGAUUGACAAGGGGAUUGUAAUUACCACACGCAUGCACAGUAUUUAUAAACACGGUACAUUCAUGUUUUACAGAUUUCAUGAAAGGAUAUCGUUGCACUUCAUAUUA